CCCAAACCAUGGCGUCAUGUCCACAUCCUCUCAGGAGGAAUAUUCUGCCUUACUUCCGCCAGUGUCGAGCUCAACCACUUUCGCGAAAAGUUUUGCAAUCUCCAUUGUUGUGUUUCCAUAGUACCCAAGCUGCAACGGCACCCUUAACGAGAAAGCAAGUGGACUCUGACCAGGACAAGUUGGAUGAUGUCUUCUCCCUCUUACGUUUAACUUCUAUUUCCUGGAACAGACCUGGACCCGCAGAGUUUGAUUUUCGAAGUGAUGUAGUGACUACUCCCACCCUCUCAAUGCUUCGUGCAAUUCUCAAAACCACCCUCCGCGAUGAUGUUUACCAAGAAGACCUCACUACCUCUUCCCUCGAGCAGUACAUAGCGAACCUUACUGGCCACGAAGCAGGCAUCUUUGUCUUAUCAGGCACAAUGGCAAACCAACUGGCGCUCAGAACCCACCUCACACAGCCACCACACGCAGUGCUCUGUGACACCCGGUCUCACAUUAUCCACUGGGAAGCCGGCGGGCUUGCCAGUCUAUGCGGUGCAAUGAUCCAAGGCGUUAUGCCUGGCAACGGGGAAUUCCUUACGCUCGAGGAUAUCCAAAGAAAAGCAGUGUUGAGCAACGAUGUUCACAAAUGCCCCACUACCGUCAUGAGCUUGGAGAACACGAUUUCAGGCCUCGUGCAUCCCCUCCCUGAGCUCCAAAGGAUAUCCGACUGGGCGUGGAGGAACGGAUUGAAGGUACAUAUGGAUGGUGCUAGACUCUGGGAGGCUGUGGCUACGGGUGCAGGAAGCCUGAGAGAUUUUGCACAGUGUGCUGAUAGUGUAUCUCUGGAUCUUUCGAAGGGCUUGGGGGCACCCAUGGGUGCGAUUGUUGUCGGAAAUAGCGGUUUUGUGGCUAGAGCGAGGAGAAUUAGGAAGGGUAUGGGAGGUGGUAUGAGGCAGGCAGGAGUGCUGAGCUCGGCGGCAAGGGCAGCGGUUGAUGACACUUUUGGACCAGGUGUUUGGGGAACGAAUUUGGGAGGCAAGCUGAGAGAUGCACAUGAUACUGCUAGAAAGGCUACGGAAAUGUGGGUUAAGAGGGGAGGGUUGCUGCGGAGAAGGACCGAAACAAAUUUGGUGUGGGUCGACCUGACCAGUGCUGGGAUUUCCGAUGAAGAUUUUGCGGAAAUUGGGAGAAAUUUUGGCGUCAAAUUAGAUGGAGGGCGUAUUGUGUUUCAUUACCAAAUUAGUAACGAAGCAGUCAGAAAGUUGGGGCUAGUUUUCGACACGGUUCUGUCUACACGACGAUUUAGUUCGAGGGAAGGUAGGCUGGGCAGAGGAGAACAAUGAGACAUCUAUGCGAGGAACGCAAACCCUGAGCGAGACAUUCCGCCAUACCAUAUCACAAGCGUGGAUUUGUAUUAUUAAAGCAAAGAUGUGCUCGAUACUCAAUUAAUU